GGGAGAGAGAGAGCGACGGCCUCUGUGUCUCCUUUUGCCCCUCUGCUGCGCCCCUCUCCGUACCGCGCCGUGCCAGAGCCGUCGGCUCAGCUGCACUCCCACCGCAGAUAUGGGCUGUCGGCUGUCUGGAUUGCGGGAGGACGAUGGCAAUGGGAUGAAAGUGCGGGACCUGUCUCAAACCAGCCAACAGGAUUCCCUCCACAUGCGGGGUAGCUGCGAGCAGCCAAUCACGCUGCAGAUAGACGGGCGGAGGGGGAGAUACCACCAACACCAGCACCAUUCGUGGCCAACCUCUGAUUGCAGUCCUCAGGCGGAGAACACGUGGCCAGCCUUCAGGUGUCUGGGGAUGUCUGCAGGGUCGACGCCCCAGAUCAGAGCUUACGCUGACAGACGGUGCUGCAGUCACAUGACCCAGCCACAGGACCAUUAUGCCAACCAGUACCUACCCAGCAUCCCCCUCACCCUGGAUAACCUGGUUAGACUGGAGCACAAGGAACCAGACUUUUCCAGCUGUGUGCCUAGAAGACGUCAUUGUCUUAUCGGAUGCUGCAAUGCAAACACAGAGGAGCCAGGCAGCUUCCUUAGCCAGACAGAGGAUGAGGACCCCGUAUUGGAAAAGCCUGUAGGAUAUCUGCCCUUGCUACAUGAGCUGGACAGUGGUCUGGGUUGCACUGACGGAAGCUUCCACCAGGGGGAGCUGUCUGCAGCUGAAACAGAGGAGGGGGUGGAAGAGCCAGCGUCAUCACUACCAGGCCGCACCAGCCAUGGCAGCUCCCCCUCCUCAGAGUCACUCAUCUCCUCAGAGCUCAGCGACUCCGGCUUCUACAGCGUCAGCACUGGGGAAUUCCGCCGUUUCCAGAAACUGCUGGAAAAGAGGAUCCGCCUUUACAGGGCACGGAUGAUGUCUCGGGACCAGAGGGAGGGCGCCAAAGCUUGCUGGGACUUGGAGUCCAUCCCCGAGGCUUUGGGUUGCCCAUCUAAGAGCAACUGGUCCCUUGAAGCCAGUCCAGCAUACACUGUUCACCAGUGUACCAAGGUCCCCUCCUUGGUCCAGUUCAGGAAGGCCGGCAGCCCGCAUCUGAGGAGGUACAGCUCCAGUGCAGGCUCCGUGUUCUCUGCUCAUGCUGGCCUGUCCCACUGCAGCAGCCCGUCUUGCCAGAGGAGGAUCUCUCUGCCACGUCAUAACUCCUCAGCAGAGCACCUGUGGAGAGGCCAUGCUGUGCAGCAGCCCCUCCCCCGUCCGAUGAAGCAGCGGCGCGCCAGUCACCCGACAUCACCCAAUUAUCACGCGGCUGCACUGCACCACUGCAGGUGGCUUUCCACUGGCUAUAGGGAGAGGCCAGAACUGGCUCCAGUAGCCCAAAUAGGUUGGGGCAACAGACCCAGACAACAGGACGGUGCAUCAGACCAUCAGGACUUCAUACACAGCGAACAUUGCAGCAAUGUGGACUACAGUUUAGGGAUGCAGGAUGGUAUGUUCCAUAAAUGGUGUCCAGGUAACGAAAGCGAGAAGGAGAUGCUACAGCAGCACCAUCAUACCCUGGACCACCUGCAGAACACUAACGAAACCUGGCAUUCGGGAUCCAGAAAGGGCACCGUGGAAGGGCUCACUCCUGCCAGCCGGAAGGCACUGUCAGGAAACCCCCGGGUUCUGCGGAACCAGCUGCUAAAGGCCCGAGCUUCGCAGCUUGCAGAUGAGCGCAGCGAGGUGACCACGGACGAGGAAGCACGUGGCGAGGUGAGGGCCGGUCGCUACUGGAGCAAGACGGAGAGGCGUCAGCAUCUGAUCUCAGCGCGGGAGCAGCGGCAGCGAAGGACGGCUCGGGCGGGGCCCACCAGCGGCGGGGCUGGGGGCUGUAACACGGUGCUGGAGCUCAGCCAGCGCAAGCUGAGCCGUCUGCGGAACCGCAAGCUGCUGGAUGACUGGACCACUGUGGAGGAGCUGCUGACCCAUGGAAAUCGGGUGGGGAGCAGCGAAGAGAUACUUUGUCCGAGCCCCCUGCUGUCUGUCACCACGGUGUAAUCUUAUCAAGAGGCAUUACUGCGAGGAGUCAGACAUAAACAAGGCAGAUUUAAACACCACAGAUGUUGGUAAAUGUCUUUUCUGUAAGGCAGGAGUUUGAUAUGCACUGUACAUUUUUUUAAGGAUUGAUGUGACUGAUAGGCUGAUAUUCCCACAUAUCCUACAGUAGAUACAACUACACUUUCAUGUGAUAAUUUAAGCCAUUGGAUCCUGGUGAAGCACCGGCAUGUUGUCUCUGGGCAGCACUGUUGCCUCUCACCUGCAGGGCUGGGUUUGCCAAUUCCACCUCUGCUCUGUGUGUGUAGAGCUCACAUGAUGUGAUGUCCCAGUGCUGUGCAGAUCUCCUCCUGGAGUCCCAAGGCAUACAGUUAGGCGAAUUUAUGUCUCUAAAUUACCCAUAGGCUGUGUGUGGCUCAUGUAUCGGCAUUUGGUCUCCACAAUGUGAUAAAAAAUCCAUUCUUUUGAUGUUGUGG